GUGAUGGUUUUUAACGGGAUAUUUGAGCACACCCACUGAGCAUCUGGGAGGAGAAGGAACUGCCUACAGAAACUUUUAACUUCCCAGAAAUCGUUGCUCCUUAUAAAACCACCGCCUCCCCCUGCUUUGAGAUUGAACACUUUACAAGUUGCGUUCCACGUUGAAAAAGUUGCCCAUGGGCGGCAGGGAAGUGACAGGCCGGCUCCUCGCUCAGAGGAAGCAGUCUCUCCAGUUCACAUUUCACCCUGGCCCCUCUCUCAGUAACAUGGCCGUGUGUUACGCUUGCCUUACCCUCCUGGCCCUGGUCUCAGCCAGAGUGGGCAGCGCUGACUCUAUGGCAGACAGACUACCCCUGGAGCCCUAUGACCGGUUAUUCAGCAUGGCAGUGGAUGCCUACUACCGCGACGACUGGCAAGGGGUGAUUCUCAACAUGGAGAGGGCACUGCAGAACCGGGCAGCCCUCCGCCGGGCAAAGAUACACUGUCGGGCCGAGUGUAGCCACAAGAUGAAGUUCAGCAUCGCCAACAGCAGCCACGACCUUUUCAUGGACAUGAAUUACUUCCACACGGUGUUAAGGAAGGCGGACUGUCUGAAGGUGUGCGAGGGGGAGAGGCUGGGACCACAUUCCCUCCACCACAUCUCCGAGGAAGUGCAACUGGAAUUCCACAAGAGGACACCUUAUAACUACCUACAAGUGGCUUACUUCAAGAUCAAGAUGUUGGACAAGGCUGUUGCUGCUGCUCACACCUUCUUCAUGGUAAACCCGGAUCACCUAGAGAUGAGACAAAACCUGGAGUAUUACAAGAUGAUGGCUGGCGUGAAGGAUGCUGACUUUAAGGAUCUGGAAGCUAAAGCCCAUAUGGAAGCUUUCCGCCAGGGGGUCCGGCUUUACACUGAUGAGCAGUUUAAACAUUCGAUCCGUUUUUUGGAGAAUGCGUUGGAGGAGUAUUUCAAAGCCAAUGCUGAGUGCCGGGCACUUUGUGAAGGUCCAUACAACUUUGAUGGGUACAAUUACAUGGAAUACAAUGCAGACCUCUACCAAGCCAUAACAGAUCACUAUAUUCAGGUUCUAGGCUGCAAGCAGAACUGUGUGACUGAGCUGGCCAUACGCCCCGACAGAGAAGCACCCAUUGAAGACUUCCUCCCCACACACCUUGACUACCUUCAGUUUGCUUAUUAUAACUCUGAGAAUUACUCCCAGGCCAUAGAAUGCACCAAGACAUACCUGCUCUUCUAUCCAAAUGAUGAAGUGAUGAACCAGAACCUGCAGUACUACCAGGCAGUGCUGGGAGACGAGUUAUCCAGACAUCUCACACACAGGGAGGACAUUCAGACGUACAUCGCCAACUCGCUCUUGGAGAAGGAGCUGCUGUACUUUGCCAAUGAAAUCUUUGGAGUCACUUUUAUUGAUCCGGACAAGUGGACUCCAGAGAGUGUGAUACCUGUUAAACUCAAGGCAAAGCAAAAGGCGGAACGGGAAACUGCAGCUCGCAUCUCUGAAGAAAUUGGAAAUUUGAUGAAAGAGAUUGAGAACUUGGUGGAUGAGAAAACCAAGGAAUCAUCUGAGAUUGUGAAGAUGGUGAAAGAAGGGGGACCGUUGCUAUUUGACAGUGUCCAAGUUGUAAUGAACGCACGCCUGUUGAAUGGCACGCAGCGGGUCUUGCUCGACGGAGUGAUCACUGAUGAAGAAUGUCAGGAAAUGCGCUACCUCUCCAAUGCUGCUGCUUCACUGGGUGACGGUUAUUAUGGGAGGCCUUCUCCUCACACGCCCAAUGAGCGAUUCCAGGGGGUGACGGUACUGAAGGCGUUAAAGCUUAGUCAGAAGGGCACCAUCCCACUUAAAACAUCCAGGCUCUUUUACGAUGUCAGUGAGAAGGUGAGAAGAAUCAUCGAGUCCUACUUCCGAAUGGAAACGCCACUCCACUUUGCCUACUCGCAUCUUGUCUGUCGCACAGCAGUGGAAGGAAUGCAGGACAAAAGAGAAGACCUCAGCCACUCUGUGCAUGUGGACAACUGCAUUUUAAACUCGGAGGCUCUGGAAUGUCCAAAGCAGCACCCAGCUUACACUGAGCGCGAUUAUAGUGCAAUCCUUUACUUAAACCACGAUUUUGAAGGUGGGAACUUCAUAUUCACGGAGAUUGAUGCUAAAGUUAUUACAGCGAUGGUGAACCCAAAGUGUGGUCGUGUGGUGGCCUUCUCAUCAGGGGCGGAGAAUCCUCAUGGAGUGCAAGCUGUGACUAAAGGGCAGAGGUGUGGAGUGGCACUCUGGUUCACCUUGGAUCCCACGCAGAAAGAACGGGAAAGGAUUGAGGCCGAUGACUUGGUGAAUAUGUUGUUUGGGAUGGAGGAGGAGCUGCAGCCAGAUGAGGGGGACGUCAAGGAGCCCGUCCCCACUGACCACCGGUCAAACGAUGUCCCCACCGACCACCGUCCAAGCGAUGUCCCCACUGACCACCGGUCAAGCGAUGUCCCCACCGACCACCGGUCACUGACCACCGGUCAAGCGAGCGCCCAGCCCCUGAGCCCAUCCACAAGCCGCAGGAUGGGGCGGAACCUGCAGGGGACGCUGCAGAGCAAGAGACGGAGGUGAAGGGGUCAAUGACCGAAGGCAGCAAAGUUCCUGAACACAUGAUAAAAACUAUGGAGCCGGCACCCACUGUCCCAGAUACAAAGUCAACAGCAGCUCUGAAUAUUCCAUCUACAAAGCAAGAGUUGUAAAUCAACUUACAGCUGCUCACACAAGGGGUGAUGGGUUUAUUGUUUAGUUGUCCCUGGUAACUGUUUUCCAAUUUAGGAGCUGAAAACUGUGGAACAUUCCCUCCCUCAGUGGCCAUCCUCCUCUCAGCUGGUGCCUUUGACACUCCAAGCGUGGCAAUUUAUUUAUCAUAAUCCUGUUCUUCUCCCCUCCCCCGUAGCCCCAAUGAUAUCCUGUGGCAUGGCAAGCCCCCUAGCUGUGUUCAUGAACAUGCCUGUACCUAGCUCCAUGUCCAAGCUCUUGUCCCUUGGUCCAUUCUACCUGUGUCCAUCGCCAACCUUCUACCUGGCUCUAUGGCCAAGCCAGCCUAUCUGGGUCAGCAGAGUAUACAGGAUGUUUUCACUCUGGGCAGCUCUCCCACAAGGUGUGACAGAUACACCUGACCUGGUCAGAGCUGCCACCCAUUGACAUGUAACACUGCCCAUGUCCACGUCAGCAACCAGACUAUUGGAGGGCUAAAUGGUCUACUCCUGCACCUAUUGUCUAUUGACACACACCCAUCUACACUGGGUUACACAAUGGAUAAGAUAUCUGUCAUUGAAAGGGGGGUAAACUGCUACUAGACUUGUUUCCUUGUUCCCCAGCCCUUCACGUGAAGCCCUUGAAUCUUGCUGACAGAUUGACUGUUCCGAGUCUGCGAGGUGUUUUGUAAACCUCUCUGGAGGGGUGAGUGUCACGACUCUAUAUCGGAGGGAGCCUCAGUCCACCCCAGUCCUGUCUUUAUCUGAUCUUUGGGGGUGGGAGUUCAGCAGGGCAGUCUAGGCAGCUCUGAACUUGCCUCCUGCCAAUGUGUGGGCAUCACAAAGACCGAUGGGGGGGGGGGACAGGCUUCAAUGGUCUUGACUUCACACCGUACUGUGUAGGUGAUGGAGGCAAGGUGGGAGCAAUGAUGCACAGUAUCCACCUUUCCACAAUUCACCGCUUAGAUUUCUGAUUUUCAGCUCUGUAGUUGUUUAAUUUUUAGAUGACCAUCUUUGUUGCAGUGUUUGGAAAAUGACACAAAGUGCUGGAGUAACUCAGUGGGUCAGGUAUAGCAUCUCUGGAGAGAAGAAAUGGGUGAUGUUUUGGCUCGAGACCCUUCUUCAGACUGAGAGUAGGGGAAAGAGAAACAAGAGAUAUAGACGGACAUAACGGAUAUACCAUGGUGAAUGAAACCAGCGUCCAGUUAUUGGCACCACACCAACCAUUGUAUACCAUGUCAGUCAACCGUAUCACCACUUGUCAUGAGAAGUUGUUCUGUGUUCAUUAUCCAGCCAGUAUCUGCCGGUCAUCUACACAUGAUGCAUCGUUCCUCAUGCUUGUUCAUUUAUUAUUAUAUGAACCAACAUGAACCGUGGUGGCAUUGGGCCACAAACACGCACACUCUUCGGUGGAGUGAUUGCUUAGUGUUACUUAGUGUCAAUGGGAGUUAGUCCCAUCGCUCAGUCAUUUUCUAUUGCCGUGGGUCCCUGUGCCAUCCAAUGUGUGAGCUUGUGAGGUUUUGGAGGAGGAAGUGUUAAGGUCAUUUAGAGGUGAGGAGGAAAAUGUAGAUAUGAUAAUGCAUCAAUUUUACUCAUUUUAAACUUGACCAAAGAACAUCCAAAACAAAAUAGGUACAAAAUGCUGGAGUAACUCAGUGGGACAGGCAGCAUCUCUGGAGAAUGUGGAUAGUGCUGGAGUAACUCAGUGGGACAGGCAGCCUCUCUGGAGAAUGUGGAUAGUGCUGGAGUAACUCAGUGGGACAGGCAGCCUCUCUGGAGAAUGUGGAUAGGUACAAAGUGCUGGAGUAACUCAGUGGGACAGGCAGCAUCUCUGGAGAGAAGGAAUGGUGACGUUUCGAGACCGUUCUUGCUGUUUUGACAGAAUGCCUCUUCUGCAACUGAGAACAUACGUCACUCUAGGGUCAAUGCAGCCACGUUAUGGCCAGGUCUGGCUUGUUUCCCUUUGAUGAGACUGGAUUUUGUUCUUUAUUCACAAUACUUUAGUAUCGCAUCUACCACAUGAGCGUUCAGUACAAAUCCAACAGUAGCUACUUGAUUUGUUCAGAUGUUGAUGUUUCACUGCCCAGUUCUUGUGAACUUUUAUUCAUAAUUACAUUUUUUGCCGUGUUUCUCAGUGUGACGCCUACUGUUUUUCUUCUGAGGGAGCCCCUCAGGCUCAAGGUAUGUCGGCAGAACUGCAGAUGUUGCUAUAUACCAAAGAUAGACACAAAGUGCUGGAGUAACUUGGGUCAGGCAGCAUCUCUGGAGAAAAAGGAUGGGUGACGUUUCGGGUCGGGACCUCUCUGCAGACGUGAGAUUCUCCACCACUGUGUCCAUCCACAGGCCGCUGGGUCCGAGCUGGAUGGUGGCGACCACUGAUGGUCAAAGGGGGUGUGGUUUGUGAGGUGGGACGCUGCUUCCAUCCCAUGUAGGGGUGGUCUGUCUCAGCAGCAGCUUGAAUCCUGUCCCAGUUUCAGGAGUUAUGGGCAGGAUACCCAGCAGCCUGCAGGCACAGGCACUUUGAGCAACAUUGACUUGUUUCCUAUUUUCUCAUGGCAAAGCUCAGAAAAGAAGGUCUGUUUCGUGAGUCGCCAUAUGAUGAGCAUUUGACGGCACUGGGCCUGUACUCGCUGGAGUUUAGAAGGAUGAGGGGAAACUCAUUGAAACUUAGCCAAUAGUGAAAGGCUUGGAUAGAGUGAUUUGGGGAGGAUGUUUCCACUAGUGGAAGAGUCAAGGACCAGAGGUCACAGCCUCGGAGUUAAAUGACGUUCCUUUAAGAAGGAGAUGAGGAGGAACUUCUUUAGUCACAGGGUGGUGAAUCUGUGGAAUUCUUUGCCAUAGAAGGCUGUGGAGGCCAAGUCAAUGGAUAUUUUUAAGGCAGAGAUAGAUAGAUUCUUGAUUAGCAUGGGUGUCGGGUUAUGAGGAGAAGGCAGGAGAAUGGGGUUAGGAGAGAGAUAUAGAUUAGCCAUGAUUGAAUGGCAGAGCAGACUUGAUGGGCCGAAUGGUCUAAUUCUGCUCCUAUCACUUAUGACAUGAGUCUGGUUUCGGGCACAUGAAUGCCAUAGCUUGCCCAAUGAGAUUGAUUGAGACUAACCAAGGCACCACUGCUGGGAAUGCAUUGGGUCUGAAGGAGGUUCCCGAACAGAAACGUCACCCAUCCUGCAUCCUGACGUGCUGAGUUACUACAACACUUUCGUGGUUUGUGCAGGCUCGAAGGGCCGAAUGGCCUACUCCUGCACCUAAUUUCUAUGUUUCUUGGUCCUCCAAAAUAAUCCAAAUGGAAUUUAAACUGGUGGUGGAAGGAGGACUUAAGCCAGAAAGGGUUUUUGGGAAGAAAGAGCUACCUUAAAUUUAGUUGCAUCUGGUUGGGUAACUAUGGUAGGGUGAAGAUUAUUCCAUGCUUUAAUUGUGCGGGGGAAGAACGAAUUGCUGUACACAUCUGUCUUUGUAGCUGGGAUCACAAAUUGGAUCGAAUGCCCUCGUCUGCUCCUAAUUGUUUUGGGUUUGGUGUAAGUCUUGUAAUCUAUGUCGAACUGACCAUUUAACACUUUGUGUCGAUCUUUGGUAUACACCAGCACCUGCAGUUCCUCUCCAUACUGCUGGGAAUGUGGGCCUGGGAGAGUAGGUUCAUAACCCUUGCAAACAGUGUGGAGAAUGCUCCUGUGACUAAAUGUUCCUGUCAGUUGAAUUGUUUGUCCACUUGAGUUCAUGUGUUUUGUAGUCAAUGCCUAUUAUGUUCUGUGUGCUGAAGCAAAGCAAGAGUUUCAUUGUCCUAUCAGGGACACAUGACAAUAAACUUGAACUUGA